UCGAGGCUCAAAAGAAAACCGUGGUGGUGAGUGGAGCGAGAGAUGCGAUGAACCACUCCCUUCCGUGUUCAUCAGGAGACGGAGGCACCAUGAAGUGGCUCCUGGUCGCAGCGGCGUUCAUCUCCCUCCUGCCUGUGAAGUCUGCUGUGAAACUGCAGCUCUCCCUACCGGAGAGCGUGGAUGUGACGGAGGGGGAGAGCGUGACUCUUCCCUGCUCAUUCUCCCCACCGUCGACCGUCUCGAGUGGCCUCUACAUCACGUGGCUCACGAUGCCCACAUGCUACAUAAUCUAUGACUCGCAACUUGGGAAUCCCUGGCUUGGAAGAGCUGAGUUUGCGGGAGACGAGGAAAAGGGGGACUGCUCCCUCAGGCUCCUCAAUGUCUCCAGGACCCUCAGCCCCGUGUUCAAGUGCGAUGUCAUUUGUACCAGCUGUGGGACGAACGACUGGAAGGUGGAACGAGAGGUGAAGCUGAACGUGACGGUUGCAGCUGCACGAUCACGCGGUGAGACCUCGCCCACACCACGUGUCCACUCCUGGUGGGACACGGUGUUGAUGGUGAUAGUGGUGGCGGGCGUGAUCCUGGCGUCUGCGGCUGUCAUCCUCUUCAUCAAGAUGCACCCUUGGUCGUCUGGGAGCUCCCCCCGCUCACGCAGUGGCGAUGGGAAGGCAGACAUGCACGGUGGUGUGAAGGAUAAUGGGCAUCCACUGAUGGAGGUGAAUGUGAAGGAAAAUGGGCAUCCACUGACGAUGGUGAACGUGAAGUAGAAUGGACAUCCACUGACGAUGGUGAA